AAUGACAGCAGUGGCAAUGCUACUCUGUGAUUAGAAACAAACGCGCCGGCUGGUCGGUGUAGUUAAACAUAAGUAAAACAAUUAGUUGGUUUAGGUUUCGUAGUUAAAAAUGAGUAAAUUAAAAGAUUCCCUGAGGAUAAUCCAGCAGGCGCUGAGUACCUACAAGCCCCAGGAAAUGUUCCUUUCGUUCAACGGCGGCAAGGAUUGUACGGUGUUGCUUGAUCUUAUCCACAAUUCCAUGCCGAAGGAUGCGAAAGGGAUCAAAUAUAUCUAUGUCCGUCCCUUGAACCCUUUCAGUGAGAUCGAGGAGUUUGUGGAACUGUGCAGGGAACACUAUGGCAUCACGAUAGCGACCGUUACUGGCGGUAUAAAAUCGGCCCUGGAGGUCAUUUGCAAGGAGGACAAGCAGCUCAAGGCAUGUAUCAUGGGUUCCCGAAGAUCGGAUCCGUACUGUGCACUGCUAGAACCAUUUAAGGAAACGGAUCCCGGAUGGCCGGAGCUAAUGCGCAUAAAUCCAUUGCUAGAAUGGACGUGUGACGAUAUAUGGGCGUACAUUCGAGAGCACAAUGUACCGUACUGUACAUUGUACGAUAGAGGAUACACAUCGAUAGGUGACAAAACGAAUACGGUUCCCAAUCCUCAUCUUAAAGUUGACAAUAACGACGAAGAAGCGACUUACCUUCCAGCAUAUGCAUUAAAGGAUGGCGAUAAAUACGAAAGGGCGGGCAGGUUAUAGCUUUACGUUGUCAAUUUCUCAUCUUAUUUAAACCCGUUUUAUUUGUGUUUUCUAAAUUGUACUAAAGGUGAUUCAAAGAAUGCCGAUACCAAUCGUACCUUAAAAGAUUUUCGUUUAAUAUAUAAAAAUAUGCGUUGACCACAAGGAACGGCAUAACUAAGA